CCCUUUUAUUUCUGGUUUUGUAUUUGAUUGGUUGAAUUGAAAUAUCUUCUGUCAAAAUAAAUUUAACGAAUUUUUGGUGGUAUUAAGAUAAUUUAAUCAAUUUGAUUAAAGAAAUGGCCCAAAAUUAUAAUCCUUCCUUACAGUCUACUAGUGACAAUGCCAAGCAGAAUGAUGAUUCUAAAAGAACAUCAGCUGACAACCAUGCAGUAUCGAGAAGAUUACACAAAGAGUUGAUGUCCCUAAUGAUGUCUCAGGAUAAGAGUAUUUCAGCUUUUCCAGAUGGUGAUAACUUCUUCAGUUGGAUAGGUACCAUUAUGGGACCAAAGGAUUCCGUUUAUGAAAAUAUGAAAUUCAAACUCAAGUUGAAGUUCCCUAGUUCAUACCCCUAUUCAGCUCCAUUUGUCAAAUUCAUAACUCCUUGUUUUCAUCCAAAUGUAGACACCAAAGGAAAUAUUUGUUUAGAUAUUUUGAAGGAUAGAUGGUCUGCUCUGUAUGAUGUUAGAACACUUUUAAUUUCAAUUCAAGCUUUAUUAGGUGAACCUAAUGUUGACAGCCCUCUCAAUACAUUAGCAGCAGAAAAAUGGCAGAAACCAGAAGAAUAUAAAAAGUUUGUUUUAGAAAUGUACAAAGAAGCUUAGUCAAUUAAUUAUGAAGUUUAAGUUAUUAGCAAUUUGACAACAAAUUUGAUAUUGUAACUAAGCGUUUUAAAAAGUAUAUUCUGAUCCUUCUCGAAAAUAUGUCCUCCAACUUUCCAGAUAUGCUUUUAAAUCGUUCAAAUUCAUGAUUUGGUAGGAGCCAGAUUGAAUAAUCAAAAACGCUGCUCGACUGUCUUAAUAAUAAAUGUGUUCAUAAUUUUAUUAUCUGAAUGGUCCUUGAAAUCUUUCAUUUAUUCUUUAAUGCUUUCAGUUUAUGUGAAAACUUCAAAAUUUGAAAGAUUUCGAUGAUCAUUUUUUGUAAUUCCUUUUUACAUCUGAAUUAAAAUUUGUUUAUUUUUGAA